AAAAUAAGCUCUGAAAAUGAUUUAUUUAAUUUUUCACUUUAUUAUUAUAUUUCUUACAAUCGCGGCAGCUGCAAGCAAUUCAAAAGCCGGUAACUACCACACCCCUGUUAAAGGCAUCGUCAAUGAUCUUAUCGAGAACUGGGAGCCGCCGUUUGCCUACCUGAAAAGUCGCGGCUACCUGGCCGAGGAUCUGCCGUCUGCACCUGAGUUACAGGACUUCCAACAGCAGCUGCAGGAGAAUUCAGACCAGGAGCUGCCUCUUGAAAAGGAUUCCAAGCGGAAUUUGGGCAAAAAAAAGAAAUGUGAUUCACGAAAUGUUCGACUUUCCGAUGAGCCAAAAGAUAUGAAUCUGAAGGAUAUGUUUCGUGAUUUGUUCAGCUCAAAGAAAUCAUCUGUGUCGGAGGAUCUCAAGGCCAAGCUGAACGUUGACUGGGACAUGAAUGCCUUGAAAUACUCCGCCCAGGAGAGUGCCAAGAAGUAUGUUAAAGGUUACAAGGCCCCAGUCGAACAGGCGGACCAAGAUGAGGAAACUAUUUUAAAGAAACCACGGGCUCAGGUUAAUCUGCUGAAGAAACCCUCGGCUCAGGAUCUUCACUUUAAGGAACCCCAGGCUCAGGAACUUCUACUUCAGCCGUCUCUGCCCUUUGACAAUCCCAGUGACUGGCCCAAUGUUUGGAAAAGUCCGCUGAUGCGGAGAAAGAAAAUGGUCUCGAAGCAGGAAAAUCAAGGAAAAUAUUUCUAGAACGAGCCACUGGGAAAUCUUUAUCAUUAAAAUUUAACUUAGUUGUGAAA